AUGUUAGGUGACAGCCUAACCCAGCAAUCAAACUCGCAGGAAAAUGGCUUCGCACUAGCGCCCAAAUUGCAAGAUGCCUACGUAAGAAGGCUGGAUGUCGUGAAUCGAGGCUUCUCCGGAUACAACACCGAUCAUAUCCUGCUCGUUCUGAAUGACAUUUUGCCCACGCCGCAGCAAGCUUCGGUCCGCUUUUUGACUGUGUGGUUUGGCGGAAAUGAUUGCAAUCCCAUCGGAUCCAUCCCACAAUACGUCCCUGUGGAUCGAUUCAAAUUCAAUCUUGGCGACUUAAUCUCGCAUCGUGCCGUCACCGCUCACGAACCCAAUAUCAUUCUGAUAACCCCUCCUCCAGUAGAUGAAACGCUCUUGUUCGAGAGUGGCAAACGCGACGCCGCGGGGAACUUCGAGCAAGGCCGAGAAGCCUCUGGUAUCAAGUUGUACACCGAAGCUGUGAAAGAAGUCGGUAUAAUCACUGGUGUACCUGUUGUGGACAUUUGGAGUAGGUUCAUGUCGAUGGCAGGAUGGGACGGCGAGGGGGAACUUCCAGGGACGAGGAAACUUGGAAAGAACGAGGUUCUGGCAAGCCUGUUAUCGGAUGGACUGCAUUUAACCCCGAAAGGCUACCACGUCGUCUGGGAAGAGUUGGCGAAGGUAUUGAUUGAAAAGUUUCCAGAUUUUCCGCCCUACAAGAUGCCUUACGAUGUCAAAGUGCCAUGGGAGGUUGCACGAGGAGACCAAUACUGGGAUGUGAAUGACCCCAUGAUGCCUCCAGUUGUUGGUAAACACAGUGGGGAGUAA